AUGAAUGCGAUUCGUUCCUCACUCCAUCGACAACUCUUUCAACCCGAAAAUGAGCGAAUCGCGACGAUCGGUUGUUUGACGAAAAUCGAUGGAAAGAGGCGAAAACAUCCGACUUAUUUGGCAAUUGCGUUAUCAGCUCAACACCCAAUCUCUGUUCGAAUCUACAUCAUCAAAGCAGAAAAAGAAGACAAUUAUAAGAAGAAAGAAACAUGGCAUUUGAAAGAUAUUCGAAUGGUUGAUGGGAUUAAUCCAAGAAAGGCUUCUGAGGAUUUCAUCAUUCAACACCUGGACAAAACGAUUCGAAUGUCAGCGAGUACUGUUGAAGAAAAGGAUACUUUUGUUCUACAGUUGCAGAAAGUAAGU